GCCUCUCCUCCCGCCUCGUGGGUGCCAUGGCAACGGCGGGAGCCAGAGACCUGGCUUCCGGAAGCCAGAGAGCUGGCGCUCUGGAGCUACCCCGGUCAAAGGAUGCUGAGUCCGGAGCGCCUAGCCCUACCGGACUACGAGUAUCUGGCCCAGCGACAUGUCCUCACGUACAUGGAGGAUGCAGUGUGCCAGCUGUUAGAGAACAAGGAAGAUAUUAGCCAAUAUGGCAUUGCCAGGUUCUUCACUGAAUAUUUUAACAGUGUAUGUCAGGGAACUCACAUUCUGUUUCGGGAAUUCAGCUUCAUCCAAGCCACCCCUCACAACAGAGCAUCAUUCUUACGGGCCUUCUGGAGAUGCUUCCGCACCGUGGGCAAAAAUGGUGACCUGCUGACCAUGAGGGAAUAUCACUGCUUGCUGCAAUUGCUGUGCCCGGACUUCCCGCUGGAGCUCACUCAGAAGGCAGCCAGGAUUGUGCUCAUGGACGAUGCCAUGGACUGCUUGAUGUCUUUUUCAGAUUUCCUUUUUGCCUUCCAGAUUCAGUUUUACUACUCAGAAUUCCUGGAGAGCGUGGCUGCCAUCUAUCAGGACCUGCUGUCCGGCAAGAACCCCAAUACGGUGAUUGUACCAACGUCAUCCAGCGGGCAGCACCGCCAGCGGCCCACGCUGGGCGAGGCCAGCGUGCUGGAAGGCGUGGAGGCGUCGCUCUUCUACCAGUGCCUGGAGAACUUGUGUGACCGGCACAAGUACAGCUGCCCACCCCCAGCACUUGUCAAAGAGGUCCUAAGCAACGUUCAGAGACUAACCUUCUACGGAUUCCUCGUGGCUCUCUCAAAGCAUCAUGGAAUCAACCAAGCCCUCGGAGCUUUGCCUGACAAAGGGGACCUGAUGCACGACCCAGCUAUGGAUGAGGCACUGGAACGACUGCUGGUGCAGAUCCCAGGCCUGGUCAACUCAGUCACUGCCAGUCCAGAGGCCAGCUGCCUGCCUUCCCGGACCCCUCCCCGGGUCGGCUCCCCCUGGAGACCCCUCCAUCACGCCCGCAAAUUGGAUGCAGAGAGCGAUGGCUCCACUGAAGAGACAGAUGAGUCCGAGACUUGAGGAGUCUGAAGGGUCUCCUCUGCAGUGCGCAGUACCCUGCUCCCCCAUGCCAGCCCUUGGGACACCCACUCAGCUUCCUCUCCCACCUCUGUACCAUGCUGCCCUCUGCUGGUGAAAAUGCCAAAUAAUGGCCCCAGCGCCAAGACCCAUCAGAGGGGUUCUAGUGAUCAGCCAAGCUAAGCAGCGACCCUCGUUAAGUUAACAGGCUACUCUCCCUGGCCCUGUCAGCCUUUAAUCAGGCCCCAGGCUGACAGCAGAUGGAGCUGAGGCCACCGGAAAGGUGACUUGGCCUUAGCCUUCUGCUGACCGUCCCCACGUAAGGGUCGUCUCCUCCCAGCAACUCCAGGAGGGGAGAGACCGUGAAUACCAUGCAGGACUUUGCAUGGUCAGGGGUGACACCCAGUGAUGCAAGUAUUGAGAGGAUUAGCCAUGGUGGCCUUCUGCUGGAGGAACAGCCACUAGCCAUAAGAUGGAGAAGGGUGGGCAAGAAGACAAUUUCACUUUCAAAAACUGCUUCAAGUCUUGUGUCUAAUAGUUAAAUAUGUGAAAUGAAUAAAGUCCCUUGUGUCUGGUAA